CGCUGACGCAGGCCAAUAGGAGCUCCUCGCGCCGUUUCCAGGCGCGGCAGAGGGGUCUCGGCGGGCUGCAGAAAGCGCGCGAUGGGGAGCCGGCGCGGGGCGCUAAUCGUGUUGGAAGGCAUGGACCGUGCGGGGAAGAGCACGCAGAGCCGCAAGCUCGUGGACGCGCUGUGCGCCGCCGGUCGCCCCGCCGAGCUGCUGCGCUUCCCGGAAAGAACAACGGAAAUUGGCAAACUUCUGAGUUCUUACUUGACAAAGAAGAGCGAGGUGGAGGAUCACUCCGUGCACCUGCUUUUCUCUGCGAACCGCUGGGAACAAGUGCCGUUCAUGAAGGAGAAACUGAGUCAGGGCAUCACUCUCAUUGUGGACAGAUACGCGUUUUCUGGUGUCGCCUUCACCAGCGCCAAAGAGAACUUCUCCAUGCAUUGGUGCAAGCAGCCGGACGUGGGCCUCCCCAAGCCGGACCUGGUGGUGUUCCUUCAGCUGCAGCUGGACGCGGCGAGGAAGCGGGGUGAGUUCGGCCACGAGCGCUACGAGAACAGGGACUUCCAGGAGCGGGCACUGCAGCGCUUCCACCAGCUUAUGGGGGACACGACCCUGAAAUGGAAGGUGGUCGACGCGUCCCGAAGCAUCGAAGACGUCCACAGGGAGAUCCACAUGCUGUCCGAGGAGGCCAUCCAGGCCGCUGCGCAGAAGCCGCUGGAGGAGCUGUGGACGUAGACGUGGCGGGACCGUCCCCUGCCCGGCGUCCUGUAAGGUGGCUGCCCUGUGGCCGUGCUCCCUUUGCAGGACCGGGGGGUUGGGCGCGAGCCAGCGGAGUGGAACUGCGGGGCGGCCUCUCGCGAGCCGUGGGCAUAGGGGCCUCGGGGUCGGCCACCCAGCCCUCCUCCAUCCUGAGGGUGCUGAUAAACUACUGCGCUUUUUCUGAAGCUCAGUGAUAACUGCAUCCAGUUUCAAGGUCCCUGAGAUGGCGCUCCCUUUGAAAUCUGAGUUUCUUUCAGGCACAUAAAAACUAGUGGCACAGCGUGCUGUGGCAAGCCUCCCUGGGCCUCCUUUCCGCCGCGCACCGCCUGGACUCCCACGGGGUCUCUGACGGGUCUCAGCCUCGCGGGGGCUCCGAGUGCCUUGCUGUGGCCGUGCUGGGCCGCCGGGGGCCCGAGGGGGUGACAUCCUGUCCCGUCUGAACAUGGCCGUUGGCUGUGC